AAUAUUGCGCUCAGUUCCAUCUGAAAUAUAUAUUUGUCUUCUUUUAUCUUCUAUCCAUCCUUGCCGUUCGAAUCCCGUUAUUUUAUCUUCUCCCCAAAAGAGCAGGAGGAACUGAAAGCCGAUGAAGAUGAAAAGGCCGCCCAAACAACUUCAUCAUCAGCCACUACUACUAGUGCUUGUGUUGGCUGUGUCUCUUUCCUCAAGUAUUGCGUUUUUUGGGUAUAAAUACCCCUCAGAAAGGAGCACAUUCCAUCCAAAACUGCAUCAUCUUUAUAAUGGUUCGCAUAAGGCGUCGCCACCAGCAGCAAAGUCCACUGCAACCACCACUUCUGUACACUCGAAAUGGGAAAGUGGCCCCUAUCACAAUUGGAAGCUUUUUGCUGUGGAUUUUCAGGAGAUGAUGCAACAUUUGAAGAUCUUUGUUUAUCCCGAUGUUUUCAACAAAAGUAACCCUUUCGCGAACAUUUUCCUUCCCCUUCAAAACCCUUUUAAUCACCCAAAACUAGGCAAUUACUUCAGCGAACACAUGUUCAAGGUGGCCCUUCUUGGCAGUUCCCUGCUUACUCCUUUCCCUGAACAAGCCCAAUUCUUUUUCCUCCCAUUCUCUAUCAACAACCUCAGAAACGACCCUCGCUUCCAUUCCGAGGCAUCCAUCUCAGAAUUCGUCGCCGAAUACACCGCUAACAUCAGCCACCGCUUCAGAUUCUGGAACGCCUCUGCAGGUGUCGAUCAUUUCUAUGUGUGCUGUCAUUCGGUUGGGCGCCAGGCGGCCUCCGGGCAUCCUUUUUUGCACAAUAAUGCCAUUCAGCUUACUUGUUCUUCCAGCUACUUCCAGCGGUUUUUUGUUUCCCACAAAGAUGUGGGGCUUCCCCAAGUUUGGCCUCGCCCUCAUAGUACCUUGAAUCCCCCACAUGCCAGGCAUAGACUUCUCUACUUUGCUGGACGUGCUCAAAAUUCACAAGUUCGUCAGGACCUGUUAAAUUUAUGGGGAAACGAUACUCAAAUGGACAUAUUUAAUGGGAGUCCAUCUUUCCCCUAUGAUGAAGGCUUCAGGAGGAGUAAGUUUUGCCUCCAUGUUAAAGGUUAUGAAGUGAACACUGCGAGAAUCAGUGAUGCUAUACAUUAUGGGUGCGUUCCUGUUAUAAUUUCCAAUUAUUAUGACCUUCCAUUUGCCAAUGUCUUGGACUGGAGCAAGUUUUCAGUUAUCAUUAGCCACCAAGAUGUUGCGUUCUUAAAAAUGAGAUUGCUAGCUAUAACGCCACAAACAUACCUGAUUAUGUACCGUAAUCUAUGCAAAAUUAGGAGGCACUUCGAGUGGCAUACAAUACCAAAAGGCUAUGAUUCCUUUUACAUGACUGCCUACCAGUUAUGGCUUAAAAGAAGCAUCCAUCGGUUGUCAUACUAAAUCUCAUUCUAUUUCCUGGAUAUUCAAGGUUAAAGCUGCGCAAAUCCAAGUCCCAAUCUUCUUACCGUAGUUUUUUAUAUUGAUGAGCUGCAUGUAGUGAUUAAAUGAAUUAAUAAUUACCUAAUAAAUUUUAUUGAUUUACCCCA